AUGAUCUGUCUGUAUAUUUUAGGUUCAAGUGCAUAGAUUUGGACGGAAAUGGUGUGAUCACAGCAAAUGAAAUGCAGUUCUUUUAUGAGGAACAGUUGCACCGAAUGGAAUGCAUGGCCCAAGAACCUAUACUGUUUGAGGACAUAUUGUGUCAGAUAGUUGACAUGAUUCAACCUGAGAAAGAAGGUUUCGUCACACUACGUGAUUUGAAAGGGUGCAAACUUGCAGGAAACGUUUUAAAUAUUCUUUUCAAUCUUAACAAGUUCAUGGCUUUUGAAACUCGUGAUCCAUAUCUCAUUCGCCAGGAGCGGGAGGCUCCAACUUUGACAGAAUGGGACCGGUUUGCACAUAGAGAAUAUGUCAGGCUUUCAAUGGAAGAAGACAAUGUCUCGAAUGGAAGUGCUGAAGUCUGGGAUGAAUCACUUGAGGCACCCUUUUGAGUUCAAUAAGGUGAGUAUGGAUGAGGGCUAAGAAAC